UCUGGCCCCAUAUGUUGAUUUCUACAGAUUUCUCGAGUAUCAGAAGCCCGCUAGCCGUUAUCCCGGUCUGGCAAUAUCUCCUCGAGCCCUUCACGAAACAAUUACACGCCGAAAGCAUCCCACCUAUUUCUAAUCAAUCACCUUCCUAAUCGGGCCACAUUAAUGCCUCGCUCUGCGUCAGGAGAUCGGCCUCGUUCUUGGAUGCCCCGACGCUGCCGCAGGCGCUCUCGAUUGUUGUACUGAUAUAAGUGACGAAUUUGAUCGCUGUCCUCUCUCGUACCGACCGUAAAGGGGAUUGAAAUCAAAUACUAAUCUGGGGUACUGAUAUACUGGCAAAGCAUCGAUACGGAGGAGGUCGACGACAUGAGGCCUCCGCGAGAAAAGAUGGAUUUCACGAGGAAGAAAGGCUGCAACGAGAGCGCGAGCCUCCGAUGGGAUUGUGGCUUAACAGAGAUCGAUUGCUACUUCGUCCGCGAUUAUGACAAGAAUUUCCCUGCUCUAGAAAGCAACUUCCUUGGGAUGAUAACCUGCGCAUCGCCGGUGCUGACAGUGCACACUGGUCUGUAAGAUCUGUGUGCGACAUCAAUGGGGCAGUUGAAAGAUCCAUUGUCAAUCAGUGAGAGAGCAGCAUGAGGCGACAGAAACUGGGUCAUGGCAAGCUUCUUGCAUACACAGGAUGCAAUAAUCUGAUUUACAGCAUGAGCUCAGUCUGGACCGAACAAGCAGGAUGGAGGGCCCUGCCCUCCGUCCCUGAUACCCGUCGAAAAACUCCGCGAUUGCCUUUCCCCCUACCAUUUGAUAUUAUGGAUCUGAACAACCCGCUUCGGCAAAACCAGAGCGGUAGUUGUACUACUGGGCCCUCAAACGGCUAUGUUGCUAAUCUCGCGUUCACGAGAGAGCCUGCAGGUCGUCGUGAAGCAUCACAUUACUGCGCCGGCCUCGAUCACCCACAGAACCGUGACUCAUAACACCGUUUGUAACACCGUCAUUAUUUCGAGUCCGGACGAAUACUAUAUGCGGGCUGCUUUCACAUGGA